AGCGCGCACUGGCGUGGACGCGCACGAGACGUCACAGCACCUCGACUUUUUUUGUCCACGCCGGCACUUGCAUGCCGUACAACAAACUGAAAUAAUGAAACACAAGUACAAAUACGUUUCGGAAAGAUUUGGAGGAAUAAAUAUGGAUGAAAAAAAAUGGACUCACCAAUACAGCUGGUCGGAAGGAUAAGAGCAUCUUCAGCUCAAAUUACAGCAACAUGGCGGCCCCCGCAACGAGGAUGCUAGUGGCGUUCCAGGGAGCGACAUGGAGUACUUUUAAGGCUGCCAAAACAGCAGCAGAUGUAUGGCGGCACCCUGUCCCGCUUUUAGUGCCUGUGCGGACCAAGAAGCGAUACUUCAUCCCCCCGGCCGUGGGCCUGAAGGGCAAGCGGGAUGUCAACCCCGAGGCCAAGGCCCGAGCAGCUGGCAUCGUGUUUCGGCAGGAGUACAUGGAGAGACCUAUCAACAUUGCCUGUACUGCGGGAAUCUUUGACCCCUACAUCCCCCCCGAGGGCGACGCUCGUCUUUCCUCGAUGUCCAAAGAAGGCUUAAAGCAGCGUACCGAGCAGCUGCGACAGAGUGCCUCUUCGCAGCUGGCGAUACGGAAGAUCAAAGAGUAUGACUCUGCGUUCUCCUCCAAAGAUUUUGCUGAACAAGCCCAGGAAAUCUUCAUCGAGGCUCACAACGCACUGUGCAUAUUUAACAAAGAGAAGCUUCACUCAUUGGUGACGGAGCGAUGUUACCCGGAGAUGACGCGGGGCAACCGGUACAAGACUCUGCGCUGGCGCUAUGUGGAGUCGCUGGAGCCGCCCCGCGUGGUACACGCCCGCAGCCCCGACAUGGUUUCUAAGGGCAACCUGUACGGCCAGGUGACGGUCCGCAUGCAUUCUAAACAGACUCUGGCCAUCUAUGACCGGUUCGGACGGUUGAUGCUGGGCAGCGAAGAGCAGCCCAAAGAUGUUUUGGAGUAUUUGGUCAUGGAGCGGCAUCUUGUGAACCCCUACGGACGCUGGCGACUCCACGGGAAGAUUGUGCCGUCCUGGGCCCCCGCCAAGGAUCCCAUAAUUAAAACUGUUAUGAUUCCUGGUCCCGACCUAAAGCCUAGUGAAGAAUUUGACGCCCUCAACUACCAAGUUCCCAAAGCGGAGGCAGUGCAGUGGUCAAAAUGAGCCUCCAGGCGGUGCUGCUGCAUCUUCCAGUAACUGUAGUAUGUGUUAAAAUUACCAGACUUGUAAUUCUUGAGUCCACUUCUGGAGCACUUUUUGGUUGUCAAAAUAUGUUUUUCCCAAAUUAGACUCAGCUGUCUUUUUUUUUUGUCUGUUUUAAUAAUUCAAAUUGAGGUGUCAAAAAAAAAAGCAAAUAAAAUUGAUGUUCAGAA